AUGGCUGUAAAUAAACGGGUUUAUCACGAAAUCCUGUCAACCAUAAUCCUUGUUGGCUAUACUUAUAAGUCUAAUAAAAUUGAAUUCUAUUGGACUUAUAAAAUUAUUAAGUCCAAUAGUCCAAAUGACGGAGUUUUUAUAAGUCCAAUUGGUCCAAUAGCCAUCACUGCUCAUGAAUACCUGAAUCCGGACAAUCACAAAAAUCCGAUAAGCAUAAAUCCUGAUAAGCAAACAAUCCUAACAAAUCUUAAAUUUGAUAUUUAA